CGCCUGCCCUCCGCCUCACCUGCCCGCGCCUCUUCGCCUUCCACGUCUACACGUCACUGAUGACACGAGCAUCAUAGUUUGUUUACAUCUUGACGAAAGUGUCUCGUUGCCUCCUGCUGAGUCUUUGGUCCCGGCAGAGUAGUAGUCAUUUGGUGCAAGGAUAUUCAUAAAUCAUCGUAAUAACGCCAAGUUGUAAAUUUUUCGUCCAAAACCAGCUAUGGAAGCACAGCGACUUGUUUCUUCAUCAAAUGAAUUGGUGAAUGACACCAUAACGGAAGAUGAGUCACUGUAGAGGCGAGGCAUCACGCUGGGGACGAAGUUGCUGACUGAACGGCAGGAGGAAGGGCAGAGACAAUAUACACUGAGGGGACUUUGAGGUAAACAGAAAGGGGAAAAAGUACUGAGACCAUUCAGUGAAGAACCCUUUCCUUCUCCUCUUUUACCGUCCCCGGGGAAAGAAAAGGACUCAUGGAGACCUGCGUGCUGCUGCCCCGUGACUUGUGUCUCCAGAUCAGCCAAGUGGGCGCCUUCCCAUGCCUGGUGACGGCGACGAGCGUGGCGCAUGGCGCCACCUACACGCCCACGUCUGGCACUCUUAGAACGGCUUGCUUGCCGCCCCUCCCACCCCUGGCCUCCUCAGAUACGAGAAAUACCUGGGGGUCUUAUGAUGCCCUUAGGGAGAAUGUCAGCUCCCUCCCGGCGGCCAUCAAGAGGUCGGCACCGCUGAGGGAGUGCAACUGGGUGAGGUUCCUGAGGGUGGAGUCCCAAUACAGCGCUGAAGUGAACCUGGUGGCUACCCUCACACCUCAUAACACCAUUGUCUUUACUGUCAUCAAGUCCCUUCCUCCUAACUGCGAGGUUGUUGCUUUCACCCUUCACCCCGACAACCUUCCUCGUCAUCCCGCCCUCGGUCCGCUCCACCUCCACCCGCUCCUCUCGCCCUCCUCUCCCCUCCACCUGGCGCCGGGAGUCACGCCCGACGACACCCGACUGGUCACCUCAGAAGGCUUUACUCAUCCAUCAGGACCGUCCGAGAAUCCUUGCACCAGCCUGCAGCAGGAGGUGGGCUGCGCCCCUCGCCUGGUAAUGGCAGCUGCCCUCUACCGGCGGGCAGUGGCGGCCCUCAUGCAAGACGCCCCGCUGGACCUGUCUCAGCCAUUGCUGGGAAGCAGGUCCGUCUUCCUCACGGAAGGUGAAGAGCAGAUGUUAGAGUCCUCAGAAUCUCCGUCUUUUUCCACCAAUGUCACUGACACAACCCACAGCCUCUACAGUGAGGCCUCUGUUAGACUGCAGGAGGCCUUUAACCAGCACGACAGCUUUUCAAGGGCACUGGAGGCCGGUGCGUCGUACGACAAAGUGUUGCCUCGUCGGCCUCGCGAGCGUUCACUUUUACCUUGUCACGUGUGCGGCAAGAUAUUCGACCGCCCUAGCCUCCUCAAGCGGCACAUGCGCACACACACCGGUGAGAAGCCCCACGUGUGUGAGGUGUGCGGCAAGGGGUUUUCCACCAGCUCCUCGCUCAACACUCACCGGAGGAUCCACAGCGGCGAGAAGCCCCACCAGUGUGCCACCUGUGGGAAGCGGUUCACGGCGUCCUCCAACCUCUACUACCACAAGAUGACCCACGUGAAGGACAAACCGCAUAAGUGUGGCGUGUGUUCCCGCUCCUUCCCUACGCCAGGUGACCUCCGCUGCCACACUUUUGUCCACACAGGGCAAUGGCCGCACCGCUGUCCUGUAUGCGGCAAAGGCUUCAGCAAACUCACCAACCAGCGCAAUCACCUUUUACUACAUUCAGGGAUUAAACAACAACAAAGGAGUGCGGGGGUGGGCGGGCUGCGUCGAUUGGUGGUCUAGAGACAAGGCACCACCAUUCUACACCACCACCAUCACCGUUCCUCAUCUCCAUCACCCCGCACAAGAUCAUUAAACCAACGAAUCCUCACCAUUAUCUCUUCUUCAGUCUCUUUACACCUCACCACGCCUCACCUCACCACCAGCAAUCCACUCCUGAGGUGCUAAAGGUGUGCAGGGGGAGAUAGAGAGAAGAAAUGGAGAGUACAUUAAGGUAAACAUGGUAAACAACAAAAGUAGACUAGAUUGGUGUAUCACAAGGCAAGUGGUUUUCUCAUUGGCUCUUUUGUUUUACUUUUUUGCGAGAAGACAAUAGUGUGUGUGGGGAAGCCAAGGCGGAGUGUGAGGAAGAAGAAAAGGGAGGGAUAAAAGUGGUGUUUUUUUUUUUCUAUGGAGGAAAGGAAGUGUAGAACCUGUGUUGUGUUUGGAGGAUUUCUUCUCUUCCGACGCUGAGUAAAUGUUUCAGUUAAUUCAGUCUGGAAAAGAAAAAAAAAAACACUCCGUAAGAUUUUUUUCUUUUUGUGUGUGUAUGUGUGUUUUUAUAUGUUUUGUUUUGUCUGGUAUAAUUUUACCACUCACAACGUUCCUCUGACUAAUCUCGAGAAAUAACCCACGAAACCAAAUACCUUCCCAAGAAAACUAACAUGAAUAUAGUUAAUUAAUAAAACUAAUAAGUAAUUAAUAAAACAAGAUAAGUGAAAUGAAACCGUAGUAAUAUCACCCAUCCUAGUCAGCAAACAACCUCUUUAUUAACUCAGAGAAACACAUAUUUGAUAGGCUGGGAUUUAGUGUAAGAAAACCUGAGACAAUGUAGGCCUAUAAAGGAGUUUCCGAGGCUUCCCCCUGUCGCCCCUCACAGCCUAAGGGAGAGUUGUGGGUAAAGGGGGGCUGGGGAUGAGGGUUAGGCUGUACCAGACUGGAACUUGUACCCUAAGCCUUAAUUUGAUCCCUGUCUGGCUUGGAAAAAUUUGCCUGCGUCUCGUGAGAACCUGUGUCUGUGUAAAGGUGAAGGAAACACCUGCUGGCGAUACUCUCCUCUCAUUUUCUGUUGAUUUGCUUCGUUUUCUUCACCUUCUUUACCCAUCCCCUUUUCUGCAUCUUUUUUUCUUUGCCUUGUUCUUUUGC